CACAUCGAGCAGCCAUCUCACAUUGCGCUGUACAAUCAUCCACAAUGCCGCCCCGGGCCUCAUUAUCGACGCUAUCAGCGUGGAAGUGCCCGCAAUGUACCGCUCGACCAUUCUCAACCACCACUCGACAGCUGGCCGUCGGCCCUGAACAUCCUCGCUUCGUGGAGAUUCCUGAGCCACCACAGCAAACCGUGCCAUACAACCCACCAGUGAAAGGAGUCCUGCCAGUCCCUCGCAAUGUCUUCGCCGGAACACCGAAAGAUCUUUCAUCAGACGAGCAGAUCGCUCUUGCUACGAAGCCGCCAGCGCGAGAAAAGAAAGUUGCUCCUCGCAGCAGAGAAGAAUGGAAAGUCAAGAUGAGCGAGCUCCGACGACAAAAUCUGCGCGAAGGUCUGAAGAGCUUGAAGGCGCGCCAGCAAAGCGAGGAGCAGCGCGUCGCUGCCCGAUCGCGAGCCAAGCAAGCAGAACGAAUGAAACAAUUGAACAUGCCCGAACGCGAAGACGAACGCUUGACAGCACCAAGCAACAACCUCGAUCUGGACGCUCUUUUCAACAAACCAAUCCCUGACCCUACCCGCGAAGAACGACUCGAGAGGAAGCGUCUAAAUCUCGAAGCAGAUCUCCUUCGGAGACAGGAAGAACGCAUGGAUGCCCUACAUUCGCUCUACAUGAAUGCGCGUGACUUCAUCGUCACUCCGCAACAGCUGGACAAGGCAGUCGAUGCGGCAUUUGGUACACCCGAGAAGCCCGUCGGAUUUGGUGCCAGCAUGGGCGCGUGGGAUAGUGUAGGAACAGGGAAGUCCAUUUGGGCAGAAGGGAGGCCAGCUCGUGUACAGGAUAUGCUCAGGAGGGCGAAGAAUGCCCCAUCGGAUAGAGCAAUGGACGAUGCGGCUGGAUAUAGCGGUAUCAACAAGGACAGAAUCAGGAGAAUUGCUGAGUCGCUCACGGGGGGCAAGAUGGACAAGGAAGCGAGACAGUAAGAGACUCGCCAUUUCUGCAAAUGUACAUAUAUGCUGUAUGAUUGUCACCGAGAGCCUUUCAGUGCGAGCCGAAGGAGCUUAUUGGAACACCAGAAAUGGUGCGGCAGAUGGCUUGCAUGGGUCUCCUGCCACUGCGAUGCCUUACGCACGAGUCGAAGCCGCGAGGCGUGAAUUCAAUGGCCUUGCGGCCUGUGGCACUCUGUUCCAGAGGUUGAAUCCAAUUACAUGUACUUCUUUCUACUGAUUACUGAUCAGCGAAGCCAACCGCGACCCAGGGUUCAAACCACAGCUACC